ACGACGCCGCACUGGGAUUAAAGCAGUUUUCAUACAUCGACGGGGAAAGAAGUGAGAGGAGGACAAACGUGCGGGAACUAACUGGCUGCUGCUACGGACUGACCGGCGGACUGAAGGGAAGAGGAGGGGAGAAAGAGGGCAGAACGGAUAAACCAAACACAAUUUGAGGAGAUCAAUUUGAACAAGUGAAUAGACUUUGUUUCCGUCCGCCUGCUGCCAGUUACCCCCAGACUCGCCAGACCCCCCCCCAAGUUUUUCUGGUGCACACCAACGCAGAGUAAUUUUCUCAGCAUCAGCCAGUUUGACCGGUGAAGCCGGUGCCGUGGGGAAGAUUGGCGAUGAUCCGCUUUCGGCUUUUCCAGAGGUGUCAGGGCCGUCGCCGUUAGAGCUCAUUGUGUUUGCGGUGCCACAGAGAGCGAGAGAGACUGAUAGAGACAGAGAGAGAGAGAGAGCGGGCAGUGUGUAGUAAUCUAAGGAUGACACCCGCACUUUACUCCAUCAGAUAGUGCUCAGUGAGGUGUGUGGUGCAGCCCGUCACGCUUUGUCUCGGCACCACAAACAUACACACACACGCACACACACUCGUAUUAAACACAUACAAAACACACAGGAGCUACACACUCUCAGAGAGCGGCGAUGCAUUAGGUCCUGACAAUCAGCGGGACUCUGUCCGGGGCCUUAAGCAGAGCGGCGCGUACGAGUGAGUGUGCAUCUGGAGUGCAACCAGGCACCGACUGUACCCAGUGAAGCAUGUUGGAGAGGAAGAGUUAGGCAGGUCGAUGCCGCGCGAUUAUACCGUCUGAUAGCCUGUGAUUAUUCUGAAGAGUCCCAAAUUACCGGGUAAAAUCACUGUCCAUUUACACUACAGCAUAUACAUGAUAGCUUAUCGAAAAGCGCUCUAGCAUUGAAGCGAAUAAUAAUGGCAGGUACCUCGUGAGAAUAAUGUGCAAGUCUCUCAGGUAAAGAAAUCGCAGACCAAAAAGUGUAAUAUCUGAAACUAACGUGUCUGACUGCAGUUCUCUUGCAAGUCGGGCUCUUCCACACAGGCCGAGCACCUCCACUCCCUGUCUUUAUAGAGCGGCACUCAAGCUCAAUGGAUUUUAUUUAACCUUAGCUAUCUCCAGAUGAGUUGCAAGAUAGUGUCUCUUGUCUCUCCAGGGGCCUGGUCGGUGCGGUUAUAGCUCAAAGGCACGCUGACUUCUGCCUGCCGAUUUGUCGGGUGAGAAGUGCAGAAGAUCUUCUUUGACUCAUUAAAAUAUAAUCUGUUUGAGAACGAGCAUUGUUGCCCUAGAUUUUACUCUCCUCAGGGGCACGGCAAUGUAGGUAGCUCUGCUUCAGAAGUUAGCAUUCAUUCGGCAUCCGUGGAUAAACUUGACUCGCUUUGCAAUACAGUCCCUCCGCCCCCAUCUGAAUGAAAUAUAGUAUUAUUGAUGUUUUCUGCUCCCUGGAGUGGUGUGCGGUUUGACCUACAGGAGAGGAGCAGUGUGUUGUGGUGGUUAAUUGCGUGGCUGAUUGUUCGGCUGUCCGCUGCUGAGAACUAGCUUAGCUCAGAGUCUGACACUGCAGCGAGCACUUGGCAGGUGCUAAUUGACCAGUUGCUCGUUUAGUUAAUUGCAGAGCUGCCUUUACUGAAGGCGCUUCCAGGUGAAGAACGCAGUUCUGCAGGUCCACUCUGGUCGCACUUGGUAUCGUUUUUUUUUUUUUUUUUUUCAGUUUAUCGAUUCAAAAAGUCUUGGGCUUUGGUCUCAGGAGGCUUGGAGCUCCAUGGUAGAAAAUAGCUAGCCUUGCAGUGUUUCCUUUGUUGUCCUUUUGCUUGGAUAGGACUGGGCUCUGAUACCACUUUAAGCCUCUGCACUGUAUGGAUUUCAGACAUUGAGUGUUUUAAGUUUCUUUUUCCUAAGCAGCACAAGGUGCUAAAGUCAACAGUGGAACUUUUUGUUACCCGAAGCUCGUCUCUGUGUGCACUGUGAUAUAGUGUGUAAAUUGUUAGCUCUGUUAGUGCCCUGAGCUCUGGCCAAACUUCUGUGCGUUGCGUGCGAGCCCCGGCCUCUAUUCAGCUCUCAGAGAGACUUAGCGAGCUAAAGCAGUUUUUCUUUGCGCGUGUUGUGAUGCUGCGCGGCACAAAGGCGUCCUUUCUGUAAGCGUUGUCCUCAAACAACAACUUCUGUCUGAUUGCGCUGAAGUAAAGCCGGAGCCGUUAGCGUGCGCACGUGUCCGCAGCAUUGCAGUUGAGAGACAAAUCACAAAUGCUGCGUGUGUGUGCGGACUAGCUUGUCUGUAGCAGCGCAGGCAGGGUCACAGAGGAACCAUUGAUCAAAUGUGCACAUCGACGCACGCGUUCGCACAUACAGACACAGCUUCUCAAUACACAAUGAGGCCUGUCCGGAGCUCUGUCCUCUGCCGCCUCCUCCCUGCCCCCUGCUCCCUGGCCCUGCGCAGCCUGGUCCUGGUCCUGCUCUGCAUCACUCCCCGUUGUCAGGCGGUGCAGGCGGAGAAUGUGACAGUCAUGGAGGGAGGUACGGCCGAGAUCUCCUGCCGCCUGCAGAACUACGAUGGAUCAAUCGUGGUCAUCCAGAAUCCCCGCCGGCAGACCCUCUUCUUCAACGGCACACGAGCCCUGAAGGACGACCGUUUCCAGAUGGUGCUCUUCACGCCGCGGCUGGUGCGCAUCGAGUUGACCAACGUCAGCGUGUCCGACGAGGGCGGGUACUUCUGCCAGCUCUACACGGACUCCACGCACCACCAGGUGGCCACGCUGUCUGUCCUGGUGCCCCCGGAGACGCCCACGGUGGAGGUGAAGCAGGAGGCCGUGGAGGGCGGCGAGGUGGAGCUCACCUGCGUGUCGCCGCGCAGCAAGCCGGCCGCCACCCUCCGCUGGGUUCGUAACGGCAGGGAGGUACCAGGUGUGGUGUCCCAGCAGGACAACGGGAAGACGUUCAGCGUGUCCAGCACCAUCCGGAUCCCGGUUGAAAGGAAAGACAACGGGGCGGCGCUGAGCUGCGAGGCGUUCCACCCGGCGCUGGGCGGGCAGAAGAGGAUCCGACACUACCGCCUGGAUGUGUAUUUUGCACCCACAGUGAGAAUUGUUCCUCCUACUGGCAUUUUGCGAGAGGGCGACUCUCUCAGCCUCACCUGCUCGGUCACCGGGAACCCUCUGCCCAGGAACAUUCAGUGGUCCAAGAUUAACGACACCUUACCCGAGAGGGCAGAGAUUUCUGGCCCCACCUUACAGAUUUCCCGUCUCAGCCAGUCAUACAACGGGACGUACCUGUGCCAGGCCCAGAACAACUACGGACGCGCUGCUGAUCAUUACACCCUACUGGUGUAUGAUAUUGUGUCACUCCCUACUACUUCUACCACUGCGGUCCCUCCCACUCCUAGCACCACCCAACAAAUCACCUCCCAUUCCACCACCCCAACCCUCCCAACACCCGGCUUCGCCCCGGACCCAGAAGACCCCGGCGCAGUGGUAGAGACUCACAGUGCAGUACCGUACGCAGUGAUAGGUGGAGUUCUGGCACUGCUGGUUUUCACCGUCAUCUGCGUCCUCAUUGUCACCAUCUGGUGCUCCGUCCGACAGAAAGGCUCGUACCGUACCCGAGAGCCUAUUCUUGCUUGGUAUUGACCCUAACAAUCAGUUAACUAAUGAAUUAAUCAGUCACAGGUUCCUAUCUUACCCAUGAGGCCAGUGGGUUGGACGAACAUGGCGAGGUGCAGGAGGCCUUCCUCAAUGGGAACGACGCCAGCCAGGGCAAGAAGGAGUACCUACUGUAGCCCUUCUCCUUCCCCAUCCCCUUCUCUUCUGACCUCAUCCCUCAGUCCCCUCCUCUCCUCCUCCCCCACCUUAUAUACAGUACACACACACACACACACACACACCUCUCUACAAUGCGCCAUAACAGGCAGCCUUCUGAAAACGACUGUAUACAGAUACUGCACACAGCCAAAUCCAUCCCACUCCAUUCCACUCCAUAUCCUUCACAAACUCACACCCGGAGACGGACCGAGAAAAAGAGAGCCUAUAGACCCACCAGCCAUUAACGACUGUGCCAUAUAUUAUAAGUCGGAGAAAAUUGGGGGGAGGGGGUGGGGGGGCCGGAGAGAGCGAGAGAAGGAUGCAGGAGAUGCUGAGGUGAAUGUAGACAAAAACGAAAUGAUGCCAUAAUUAUUUUGAUCGAGAGGGAAGCGGGGAGCACAAAGAAAAGCAGGCACUCUGCCCGUGCAGCCGCCAAAGUGGAAGGGGAAUUAGAGGCAGAUGAUUGCUAUAAUUCCAUGCCUGGAGAAAACCAUCUAUUUCACAAAGCUCAAUCUUUAACCGGCGGAGACAGUGGGAGCAGCAUGUGAGGUGCCAGGAAGGAGGUGUGGGGAUGAGGAGCUGAGGAGCUUUGGGGGGGGUGGGGGGGGGGGGAUAGUUGACCGGGAGCUAUCGAGCGUUAGGUGCUAGAAAAUUGAAUUUUUUUAAAAAAUUGCCAAAGCAUCUCACCCACUGUGCGCAAGUCAUACAUAAUUUGCUGGAGUGCGUAAACCCACCGGCCGGCGAAGUACCCCCCACUUUAUGAACAAGCUAACUGUCCCGUGUUUGCUCUCCCUGAUGGCUGGCCUGCCAAUAAUUCAUGAACGAAAUCAUCUUCUUUCCUAAUUUUUGCUUUCCUCCCGCUGCAACAGCGAGGGAAAGGUUGUUUUUUGUAUUUUUUUCCGGUUCCUCUCCAUCUCCUCCUGCCUCUCCGUUCACCUGUUCCCAUGCUCUCCCCCCCUCACCCUUACAUCUCUCCUUCUCUCCGUCUGCCCUACCACCACCAACCCACCCCCACCCCUCUAUCGCUCCUCCUUUGUUGGCUCCUAAUAAUGAAAGGAUUAGUGUUGGGCUGCGUUCCCGACAAAGAAGAAAUGAAUAUGACUUGCUAAGGCAUUAAAGAAAAGCUUAAUUAUUUUAGAAUGUCAUUAAGAGGAUGAAAAGGUUUCAAAGUCUUAAUAAGAAGGGCAAGGGGAGUGAUAGCAGAAGGAGUGAAUGAGAAAAAUAUAAAUGGAUGGAUAUUUUUUUCCCCCUGAAUGCUACCACACAUAUGCAGAUACAUGCACACAUUCAUACGUACAGUUGACAGAACAAGUAUACAUAUCGCUGAAUUCCUUAUUUGUAUAAAAAAAAGAAAAAAAGAACAGCAACAUAAAUUAAAGGAAACUUUUAAGAGAUAAGAAAAACCGUUUACUAUUGAAACGCAUUAUGAAGCAACUAUACUAACACAGAAUAUUAGCCUAUAGAGGCGCAACGCCGAACAAACUACUGUCCAGUGAUCUUUAAAGAAAAUAAAGAAAAGCAUAAAAAAAAUAAAAAUCAUUUGUCUUUAUGAGAAAACCAGAGGUCUUAUUGAUUUUUUAUUAAUUAUUAUUAUUAUUUGAACAAUUAUGAUUGUUGUUAAUGUUAUUAUUAUUGCCGUUGUUAUUAUUAUAAUUGUAAAUGUUAAAGAAAAUGUACACUUCCCAUGGUUUGUUUUUGGUUCCACUGUAGAGAAAUUGCUGUCUUUUUUCACUCUUACCUUUCCUCUCUUUCCCAGUCUUUCUCUCUCUCUUUGUCUCCUGUGCCUAGUCGUCUCUUCUCCUGUCUUUCACUACCUGUUUAUUUUAGAGUCCAUGUGUCAUUGUUGAUAUAUAGCUAACUAUUUCUUUAUAGGGGAAAAGAUACAAAGCACGACAAAAUAAAAAAAGAAUCCAAAAAUAA